AUCGGGCGGCGGCGGCGGCGGCGGCGUUGCGAGCGAGGCCGAGGCGGGGACGGCGGCCGGGGCAGCGGGCGCCGCAGUCGAGGAGCAGCAGCGGGGUUGGCGGGCGCGGGGGCUAGCGCAGGGCGGGCCAGGCGACGGAGCAGGCGGCUGCGCCUCGGGUGGCAUUGUGUGUCCCAGUGUGCAAGAAUAGCCCCAGAAGAGGAAAGCUGAACCCAGAGCUCUUCAGCAGGGAAGAAUCCCUCCCCCGCUGCUUCAGGCUGCUGAGCACUGAGCUGCGCUCAGAAUGGAAGCCAUCGCCAAAUAUGACUUCAAAGCUACUGCUGACGAUGAGCUGAGCUUCAAAAGGGGGGACAUCCUUAAGGUUUUGAAUGAAGAAUGUGAUCAGAACUGGUAUAAGGCAGAGCUCAAUGGGAAGGAUGGCUUCAUUCCCAAGAACUACAUAGAAAUGAAACCACAUCCGUGGUUUUUUGGCAAAAUCCCCAGAGCCAAGGCAGAAGAAAUGCUCAGCAAACAGCGGCAUGACGGGGCCUUCCUAAUCCGAGAGAGUGAGAGUGCUCCUGGGGACUUUUCCUUGUCUGUCAAGUUUGGAAAUGAUGUACAGCACUUCAAGGUGCUCCGUGACGGAGCUGGGAAGUAUUUCCUCUGGGUGGUGAAGUUUAAUUCUUUGAAUGAGCUGGUAGAUUACCACAGAUCAACUUCCGUGUCCAGGAACCAGCAGAUAUUCCUACGGGAUAUUGAACAGGUGCCACAGCAGCCAACGUACGUCCAGGCACUCUUUGACUUUGACCCCCAGGAGGAUGGUGAGCUGGGCUUUCGCAGAGGAGACUUCAUCCAUGUCAUGGAUAACUCAGAUCCCAACUGGUGGAAGGGGGCAUGCCAUGGGCAGACUGGCAUGUUCCCCCGUAACUAUGUCACCCCAGUGAACCGGAACGUCUAAGAAGCAAAAGAGAUUAUUUAAAGAAAGUGAAAAGUUGAGACCAUGCGCAAGAAUUACACCCACAUGCUGCCUGUCACAGCCUGUGAGGGAACGCAGAACACCUGGCUGGGUCCCACUGGCGACCCUCUCACUUAGGUUGUAACUUUGGGGGGUGGGGUGGGAAGGGGCGUUUGAUUUCAUAAUGCCAAAACUUAACCUAUUGAAUUGAAUUAUGGUUUUUAUUACAGAAUCUCGCCGCUGCUCCUGUACCCUCAUGUGUCCUUUUUCUCAUCCUUUCUUUCCUGUCCUUCAGUGCAUGACAUUUAAGGUCACAUAUAGUCCCAGAUGAUGCCAAUAAUAAAAGAAAAGAAACCAAGUGGGCUGGCAUUUUCUCUAUGCAAAAUGUUUGUGGAGAUUGAUGGACUAAAAGAGCCGUAUUCUUCACACAAGGGAUGACCAGGGCAUCUGGGGCCCUUGGUUGGGCUUCUACCAGAGACACCCAAAGGCAUCUGCCUCCAGCCCCAAGCCUGGAGCAUUGUAUCACGGUUGGACUUACGGGAAGGAGGCACUGCCGCCCACCUGUGGUCCCCUGAGGGUCAAACUGCAGGCCUGUGCCUCUCCCCACUGUCACCCUUCAGUGUCAUCAAGACGUUGUUUUUCAUAGUGCCUUUUUCUUAUUUCAAGGAUGUUUUAUGAGUGGUGUUUUUACUUUUUUUUUUUUUUUUUUUUUUUAAAGUAAGUUAAAGACAGUCCAGAGCUUUUCAGCUGAGAACUCUCUUGUCCUGUGUAAAUACUUUGAGGACAGGGGAAGCAGGUAGAGAAAGGAGCAAGCCGAAGCAGAGGGUGUGGGUGUUCCCCGUCUGGGAUAGGCCAGAAGUCUCCCAGGCAUUCACUGCAUCGCUAACUCACCGAGCCUCAGAAUGCCUGGCCUCAAUUGUGGGCUGCCCUUCUAUGCCCAGAGCAAGUGUGAGUAUCAAACGCAGAAAAGAUGGAAGAGCAGGUAGCGUCCAAACUGCUCUCCUUCAACUGUCAAAGGCCUAUGCUCAAUGGAAGUUGAGGAUAGGAUACUGGCUUUUCAUAUUUCUUGCUCUUAAAAUUUUAGGUUCUUGUUCUUAAUUGUGUAUUUUUUAACCUGGCCAAGAGUGCAGUCGGCAGGACCGUGGGGUUGCUUGUAUCUUUCUGUUCAGUGGGUUGUGUUUGCAGCUUUUCUGCUGCCUCCAGCCCAUGAAGCCUUGCCAGAUGGGAAAGACCAAGACCAUUGCAAAGCUUUUUGCAUCUGUCUCCGGUGAGCUUUCAGUCCUCUGUAGCCAUGUGCCUGUACACCAUCUCUUUCCAUGCAGCCUCUUUCCCACAGCAGAAACAGGGCUACUCCCAGCCUGUUCCCUUGGAGUUGGUGGCAUCCUUGAGCUGCUAGAUUCUUCAGGGUGGGGUCUCCCCUGGACUCCGUUUUGUGGGCUUAUCUUGGAGACCUAAGGCCUAGGAGGCAGCCUUCAGGUUGGAGUGUGUUCCCACCCUCCUGGUUCUGCUUCUUUCCCUGCUGAUGAUAACAAUAAUCUCUGGAAUUACACCUGGGUCAUUUGAUUGUUUUAUUUUGGAGUUGGUGUAUAUCAUGAAGCCUUGCUGAACUAAGUUUUGUGUGUAUAUAUUUAAAGAUCAGUGUUUAAAUAAAAAGACCUAUGUACUUACUCCUUUAACUUCUGCGGAUAGCAAUUUGGUAGGUAGUGAUUAACUGUGAAUAAACAUACAAUGAAUUCUUCA